AUGGAUAAAUUUGGGGAAAAAAAUUUAUUGGACAAAGUUAUGCUGUCUCCUGGAAGUCUGGUGCUAAUACUAUACGAAACCUACAAGGCCACUUUAAAGAAAAUUCCAGCGACGCGCCUCUCCCGUCUCACUGAGGCCCUUGCUAACUACGACCCAGUUCUCAAUGAAUACUUCUUCGACAGACACCCUGGCGUAUUCGCACAAGUCCUCAACUAUUACAGAACUGGAAAGCUGCAUUAUCCCACAAAUGUCUGCGGUCCUUUGUUUGAAGAGGAACUGGAGUUUUGGGGGCUGGAUUCCAACCAGGUGGAACCUUGCUGCUGGUCUACAUACAGCAUACACAGAGACACACAAAAUACCUUGGCUAUUUUGGACAAAUUGGACAUCGACAGUGAGAAACCUUCGGAGGAGGAAAUCGCCAGGCUUUUUGGAUACGGGGAAGCUUAUUUGGCUGGUGAUGUGGGGACUUGGCAAAGAGUCAAGCCACGGGUCUGGGCCCUUUUUGAUGAGCCUUCAAGCUCACCAUCAGCAAAGGUGAUAUCAGCAAUAUCGGUUUUCUUCAUCUGUGUGUCAGUUCUGAGUUUUUGUCUGAAGACACAUCCCGACCUUCGUGUGUUGGAGCCAUUAUCUUUAGAAGACAUUGAGAACACUACGGUCGUCGUCGCUAGACCGUGGCAGGACAACGGCCAGCCUCACGUGGCCUUCUUUUACAUCGAGUUGGUCUGCAAUGUAUGGUUCACCAUAGAAUUGUUGGUCCGAUCUGUGGUCGCACCGAAUAUUAUUGAAUUUGUUAAAUCCCCAGUGAACAUAAUCGACUGCAUUGCCACAUUGAGUUUUUACAUGGACGUUGUGGUCGAGCUGACUGUGGUUAAAAGAAAUUUAGAUAAAGCUGACAUCCUCGAGUUUAUAUCCAUUAUCAAGAUCCUGAGGCUAUUUAAGCUGACUAGACACAGCCCCGGCUUGAAGAUCCUUGUCCACACAUUCAAAGCCUCUGCAAAGGAGCUUACCUUGUUGGUUUUCUUUCUUGUUCUUGGCAUUGUGAUAUUUGCCAGUCUAGUAUACUAUGCUGAGAAGUCUCAGGAUAAUCCAGACAAUCAGUUCAAGUCGAUUCCCCUUGGUCUCUGGUGGGCGAUCGUUACCAUGACGACGGUUGGCUAUGGUGAUAUGGCGCCCAAGACUUAUUUGGGGAUGUUUGUGGGCGCCCUCUGUGCGCUGGCCGGCGUGCUCACUAUAGCAUUGCCAGUUCCUGUCAUUGUAUCAAAUUUCUCUAUGUUCUAUUCACAUACGCAGGCGCGGUCAAAGCUACCUAAGAAGCGUCGCCGAGUUUUACCUGUAGAGCAACCUCGAAGAAAACGUGACAUCAGCGCCUCCAACCGCCGCGUGAACGCUGUGAAACAUCCCGUUGUACUGAAAGAUAUCCCGGUCAACAAUAAAUUUGGUGUUAACGGCAUGAACAUGAUCAGUUUGGCCCUUCAGGGUCCUCCAAACCUUCUUCGUCCACCACCAACCACCCAGCCCCUUCAGGCUAGAGCACCCAUAGUUGAGAGUCCGAUUAUCAACACGCAGUGCGGUGCCAUAUCUUUGGCUUCGUUGCAACCACCUUUGAUGACCGCCCCGCCCCUGCAACCACGCCCCGCAACCACCGGCUCCUUAGAUCUAAUGUUACCUUUACAACCAAAAUUACUACCCGGUUACAAUUUGCAAUCAUCGUUUCUAACCAGUACCCUAUCAACUGUUCGUCCACCAGACUUACCCAAGAACGGUAAAACGGAAUAUUACAGACCAAGUGUUGAAGUUAUCGUUGAACAAGAAACUGCUGUAGAUACAGUGACAGUUGGUGAUAGUGAAAAAACACAUAGUGUAAAUAAUAUAGAAGAUAAUGAAAACAAUAUAUUACAAGAUACAAAUGAAGCUGAUGACAAAGAUGAAAUAAACUCAAAUGUUAUUGAUAUUAAUACGAUCGACACUAGUCUUAAUUGUAGUUCAAAUGAUAACAGCUCGAACAACAAUUCUCAUUAA